CAUUUGGAACCGACACAAAAACUUUCAGCUAAGCCCUUCUAAAUUCCAAGCUAGCACCACCAUUACUUUUUAUUUUUCCACUCUCUGUACCCAUAAAAAAAGUAAAUUGAACCGUUGCUACUUUCCUAUUAGUAUUAAUAUAACAAACAAAACUUACCGGUACUACCACUUGCACUUUCUCUCAGCUGCUUUCUUAGCUCUCUUUUCAGCUCAUUUUUUUUCUUUGUUCUCUAUCCUUAUAAUUAUGUAACUGCACAAAAAAAGGGAACAUUUUCUUGAAUCUUUAUUGUAAAAACACCUUGAGAAAAGUAUUGAUCUUUACUUAUUUUGUUGAACACAAUGGCUUCCUCAACUUGGUCUUUCCAAAUUACCUUUAUUUGCAUUUUCUUGUUUAUGGGGUUAAGUUUUGCUGGAGAUCCAUUUAAGUUUUUUAACUUUGAAGUCUCAUACAUUGAAGCUUCUCCACUUGGUGUGCCCCAACAGGUUAUUGCUAUUAAUGGAAAAUUUCCUGGACCAACAAUGAAUGUGACAACUAAUGACAAUGUUGUUGUUAAUGUGAGGAACAAAUUAGAGGAAGACCUCCUCUUUCAUUGGUCUGGGGUUCAGCAAAAGAGGAGUUCUUGGCAAGAUGGAUUACUAGGAACAAACUGUCCAAUCCCUUCAAAGUGGAACUGGACUUACCAAUUUCAAGUGAAGGACCAAAUUGGAAGUUUUUUACUUCCUUCACUAAAUUUUCAGAGAGCAUCAGGUGGUUUUGGUGGAUUAACAAUUAACAACAGGGGUGAAAUUCCAAUCCCUUUUGAUUUUCCAUAUGAUGAUAUCACUAUUAUGAUUGGUGAUUGGUACACCAGAAAUCACACGUCUUUGAGGAACACUCUUCUUGCUGGGAAAGAUCUGGGGAAGCCUGAUGGUGUUUUAAUUAAUGGAAAAGGUCCUUAUAGAUACAAUGAUACUAUUGUGCCUGAUGGCAUUGACUAUGAAACAAUCACUGUCCAUCCAGGCAAAACCUAUAGAAUUCGUGUAAGCAAUGUUGGAAUAUCAACGAGCUUGAACUUCAGAAUUCAGAAUCAUAACUUACUUUUGGCAGAAGCAGAGGGAUCAUAUACUGUGCAGCAAAACUAUACUAGCUUAGACAUUCAUGUUGGGCAAUCAUACUCCUUUUUGAUAACCAUGGAUCAGAAUGCAAGUUCUGAUUACUAUAUUGUCGCCAGUGCCAGAUUUGUCAACCAAUCACAAUGGCAAAGAGUCACUGGUGUAGGCAUUUUGAAAUAUACAAACUCCAAAGGAAAGGCACACGGCCCUCUUCCUGAACCACCACAAGAUGAAUUCGACAAAACUUUCUCCAUGAACCAGGCUAGAUCUAUCAGAUGGAAUGUAUCUGCCAGCGGAGCUCGCCCAAAUCCUCAAGGUUCUUUCAGAUAUGGCUCGAUUAAUGUCACAGAAAUAUACGUGAUCCAAAAUUUGCCGCCAAGGAUGGUAGACGGAAAAAGGAGAACAACACUUAAUGGAAUUUCAUUUGUUAAUCCCAAAACACCAAUCAGACUUGCUGACAAGUACAAAUUGAAGGGUGUAUAUAAGCUAGAUUUCCCUACAGCACCACUAUCCGGACCUCCUAAGAUGGAAACCUCUGUUAUUAAUGGAACCUACAGGGGAUUUAUGGAAAUAAUAUUACAAAACAAUGAUACCAAAGUUCACACAUACCAUAUGAGUGGAUAUGCCUUUUUUGUGGUCGGGAUGGAUUAUGGUGUGUGGUCAAAUAAUAGUAGGGGCACUUAUAACAAAUGGGAUGGAAUAGCUCGCACCACAACACAGGUUUUCCCAGGGGCAUGGACAGCAAUCUUGGUUUCCCUUGACAAUGUUGGAAUUUGGAACCUGAGGACAGAAAACCUCGAUUCAUGGUUUCUAGGCCAAGAAACAUACAUAAGGGUCGUUAACUCCGAGGCCUCUAACAAAACAGAGUUGCCAAUGCCAGACAAUGCACUCUUCUGUGGCAAACUUAGCAAACUGCAAAAGCCUCAAGAUAUAUCAUCUGCAAAAUCCAUUAGAGGCAACGGGUCGAAAUUCUCUUUCAUGAUGAUGCUGCUGGUAUCUGCAAUAUUUGCUGUGUUCCAGUAGGAAACUUUUUCCAGUGGAUGCUUUGUUUUGUGUUUAAAAAGAAUGCGGGAGCCUGGCUUUGCCUUUGUGAGGUCUGUGAUUUGUAGUAAGAUUGUAGGUGUCUAGUUGUAGUUAUGUUGAUAUCAAGAAGAGGCCAUUAUUAUUAAUUGUUUUGACUUGUAAUUUGUCAUUAUUAAUUUCCGGUUGUGUUAAAAAUGCUCCCCCGGAUGGUUGUUCAAUUUAUUGGUAUUCCACACAUUCUUUUUAAUUGCCUAUAAUAUAUGUAAUGGCUACUAUUCAUUAA